GUCAGAGUCGACACUAGCGCGCUCCCGCGUUCGCACUUUGAAGGGUUUUUUCCUCUUCUUCUUGCUUCCUUUUCUUGUACUGUGCCGUUUGCCAUCCUCGCGGCUGUCAUCAGGUGUGUUUGGUAGAAAAAAAAGGGGGGAACGAGUCGAGAAGCCGUCAAAAAUCACUUUAUUCUUGUUACUUUGUGUGUGUUUGCUAGACAGUGAAGACAUCGGACAACGGGUGGAAAAAUAAAAGUUAUUUUGUGUGUUUAUCGUGCGGGACUCACGCCGUCAUUUCGUGUAGACCAGCAGCGAGGAGUUGUUUGCCAACUAAUAUCAUCACCGGACGUGUCAUUCUUCUUCUUCCCGUUUGAAUUUGAGUGAUUUGAUUGUUUGGAAAAGGGACAGCCAACAAAUAAGUGAAGAUAAAAACAAUUGACAGUCCUCGAGAAAAAACAACCCAAAAGUUGUGGGUCGUCACGUCGGCCAGCGACGACGGAUGGGAUGAUGUCUUGGUGGCUCUGAAGAAACACUGAGGGGGUGUGCGCGAGUGCAGCAAGAAGCUUUUCACGCAUUGAAUCGCAAUAAAAUUUCAGUGGAGGGACGGUCGCCCUGGCUGGGAAUUGUCGGCGCUCGACGACGAGGACGACGACGGAGAACAAGUCGACACCCCGCCGCAUAAUUGAUAAGCGCACACAGCAAUAAUGGAUCGAGACUCGUUAAGGAGCGGUGGCGUCGCUAGGAGGAGCAAGUCGCAAUCGCGUGGAUCGAUGCAACAGCAGCAGCAGCAGCAGCGCAAGCCGUUUGGCGUUCCGGCAGUGCUGCUGCCCAGCACCAACAGUGGCGACGCUCCAGCCCGUCUUGGUACGUCAGCAGCUCUAUUCGACUCUUGCGGAGGAGGAGGACAAUCCAGUAGAGUCAGCGACGCCCAAUCGGCUCUCUACGAAUCCAUCGACGACGACAUCAUCUACGAUCAAGGUUUUCAAAUGUCUUCGAGGCGCCAGGCCGUCGACAAGCUGGACCGGACCAUCACUCGACUCUACACGUAUCUGAGUGGGUCGGAGGAGGGCGAGGACGCCAACGAACUUGCAUCAUCGGGUCCGGGCAAUCAUCAAGCAUCGCCCAGUCAUCCCAUCCAGCAGCAGCAGCAGCAGCAGCAACAACAACAACAGCGUGGCAGGAGGUCGCAACAACCGCCGCCACAACCACCGCAGCGCAGCAGUAACAACAACAACAACUUCCAGCAACAUCAUCAUCAUCAUCUCGGCCAGCUCCACCAGCAGCAGCAGCAGCAGCAGGAGCCCGAGUACCAGCAGCCGUACGCUUACCCGCCGGCCCAUGCCCAUGCGUUCAACCCUCCGCCGCUGCCGUCUCAGCAACUCUUCAGCGUGCCGGGCAACAACUCGCUGGGAGGAUCGACGCCCACGUCCAACAACAGCAGCGACCACGCCUCGGAAAUUACCUUCACCGAAUCCGAACUGGCGUUGACUCACCAGGGCACUCUGCCCAUCUCCGGCAACGUUGGACUUUUGGUGUUGGACGACGACGAGGAAGACGAAUUGGACCGCGAAGUGGAUGAUCACAUUAGCGUGCAACAACAGCAACAACUGUACCAGACGCCUCCGUCGCGAGGUACCAACAGCAGCAGCAGCAUGGGCCGCCUCAACGGCCGCCAAAUGGGUGGCGGCGGCGGCGGUGGUCACGGUCCGUCGUCGACAGGCCUGACGACUUUGGUGUCGUCGUCAACCGGAUCGACGUACCCGCACCGUGGCGGCGGUGGCGGAAUGAUGAUGGCCCAGCACGUGCCGCACUACCAACUGCCGCCCACCCCGCCUCAUCAUCCCAUCCAUCCGCAUCUCAGCAGCUACGGCGUCCAGCAUCCGCACCACGUCGCCAAUAAUAGCUUCAGCACAAAAGAUGUCAUGGACAACGACAUGCUGGACAGCGAUCCCACAACUCUACUCAAACAGGCCCCGACCGGCUCCAAGUUUAUCCCGGCCGACCUGCCCAAGAGCUCGACGCUGGACUACAAACACAAUUUGGCCGGCAGUCCCACCAAGAGUAAUAACGACAUGAAACAGCAGCAACUACUACAACAGCAGCAGCAGCAGCAGCAGCAGCAGCAACCCGACCGGUGUUUGCUGAGAAUGUCCGGCGUCCGCCCGCAGUCGAGCCUCUUCAGUCCAACCAGCCCACACAACCGAAACAUGGGCGGAGUGGGAGCCCUGCGGAAGAGUCUCAGCUUCUCGUCGCGAUGUUCCUGGAAGUGCACGGCCAUCUUGUUGAUGUUGACUUCGGCCGUCCUGGCCGCCGCCGUCGCUUAUCUAACAGCGGCCCACUUUGUCAACUGGCCACCGCAGCCGGCCAAAUCUCACGCUGUCAUCGGGGAAGGUGGCAGCGGCGACGGUAACGGUUACACGAUGACGGGCGGCGAGAAUGUCAACGGCAGCAGCGGAGACGGAGGCGGCGGAAGCAACACCCUCGGAGGUAGCAACACGUUUCCGGCUCGAAGUUUCCCACCGGACGGGACGACGUUUGCCCAGGUGACGCUGGGCGACAAGAUAUCCAACGUCAUACCGCCAUACAGCUACUGGAACAUGCAGUUUUACCAUUCGGAAGCGGCUUACGUCCGAUUCGAGCUCGGUCUACCGCGCAGCGCAAGUCUGGGACUCUAUGGACGCCGCAACGCCCUGCCCACGCACACCCACUACGACAUGCUUCACAUCAUCAGCGGCUACAAGAGCCGCUCCCGGCGAGCCUCAACGUCGCUGGUCCAGAAGGAAGUCCUGCACUACAUGGAGCCGGGCCAUUGGUUCGUUUCGCUUUACAACGAUGACGGCGACCCGCAGGAGGCCACCUGUCUCAUCUCUCUGGCUCGUGACAUGACUCUAAGCUGCCCGCGCGGAUGCAACGGCAACGGCGAAUGCAUUUUGGGCCGAUGCCAGUGCAAAUCCGGUUUCGGCGGAGAUGAUUGCAGCGAGAGUGUCUGCCCGGUCCUGUGCAGCGGACGAGGUGACUACAUCAACGGCCAAUGCCAGUGCAAUCCAGGAUGGAAAGGUCGCGAAUGCAGUUUGAAACACGACGAAUGCGAAGUGCCGGAUUGCUCCGGCCAUGGCAAAUGUUCCGGCGGCAAAUGCCUUUGCGGACGUGGCUUUAAAGGCGAAUUCUGCGAUAUUGUCGAUUGCCCUCAUCCGACCUGCUCCGACCACGGAUUCUGCGUUGACGGGACCUGCCUGUGCAAGAAAGGCUGGAAGGGCCCGGAUUGCGCCCUUGUGGACAGCGACGCUAUGCAGUGCCUGCCCGACUGCUCCGGCACCCAAGGCGCUUUCAGUUUGGAGCUGCACAAAUGCGUUUGCAACAGUGGCUGGACCGGUGACGACUGCUCCAAAUCGGCUUGCGGCAUCAACUGCGGCGGACACGGGAGGUGCGAGGCCAGCGCCUGCGUCUGCGACCCCGGAUGGGCCGGCGAGUUUUGCCAGGAGCGGCUCUGCGAUUCCCGGUGCAACGAGCACGGCCAGUGCAAGAACGGCACCUGCCUCUGCGUCACGGGCUGGAACGGCAAGCACUGCACUCUGGAGGGCUGCCCGCGCGAUUGCUCCAAGCGAGGCCAGUGCAAGUCGACGGAAGGAAGCGGCGGCUGGAGCUGCCGCUGCGACAAGGGCUGGGAAGGACCGGAUUGCAGCAUCCCGCUCGAGCUGGAAUGCGACGACGGCAAAGACAACGACAAGGACGGCCUGCUGGACUGCGAGGACUCUGACUGUUGCGCCACGCGCCACUGCAAGAAAUCACCGUUCUGCGUCACGGCCCCCAAGCCCAUCGACAUCCUGUUGCGCAAACAACCGCCGGCCGUCACGGCUUCCUUCUACGAGCGCAUGAAGUUCCUCAUCGAAGAAGGAAGUCUUCAAAGUUACGCCAAACAGGAUGCCUUCAAUGAGAGUAUGUUCUGGAGUCACUUCAACUCGAGCCGAUCUGCAGUUGUUCGAGGUAAAGUGGUGGCUGCUAGCGGAUUGGGACUUUUCGGUGUCCGAGUCAGCAGCAGCAAUCCACUGGAAGGUUUCACUCUGACCCGAGACGACGGCUGGUUUGAUUUGAUGGUCAACGGAGGUGGAUCAGUCGUCAUUCAUUUCGGACGAACUCCCUUCCGCCCAACAUCCCGCACCGUUAACGUACCCUGGAAUGAGGUCAUCAUUUUAGACGUAGUGGCCAUGAAAACCGAGGACGUUCCGCCCGCACCGGCCAUUAGUGUUCUGUGCGAAGCCCACGACUUUGACGCCAUGCGACCGGUUGUUUUAGCUACCUGGAAGCACGGAUUCCAGGGCUCCUGUCCGGCUCAGAGCGCCAUUUUGGCCGAGUCGCAAGUUGUUCAGGAGAGCCUCGAAGUGCCCGGCACUGGCGCCCAUUUGGUCUACCACAGUUCACGAAGCGCCGGCUAUCUUUCCACCAUCCAGCUGCAGUUGACUCCGGACAUUAUCCCGCAAUCACUCAGCCGAAUCCAUUUGCGGAUUACCAUAGAAGGCGUCCUAUUCGAGAAACUAUUUGAAGCCGAUCCAGGAAUCAAAUAUACUUACGCCUGGAAUCGCUUUAACGUCUACAGGCAACGAGUUUACGGAGUGACGACGGCCACAGUCAAAGUCGGUUACGAGUACACCACCUGCCCGGAUGUCUUGUGGGAAGUGCAAACCACCAAACUGAGCGGACACGACAUGAGCAUCUCGGACAUUGGCGGAUGGAAUCUCGACAUCCAUCAUCGUUACAACUUCCACGAAGGCAUUCUCCAAAAGGGAGACGGAAGCAACAUGUACCUACGCUACAGGCCGGAAGUCUUGCGCACCGUUAUGGGCGAUGGACACCAGCGACCGCUGGAAUGCUCCAGUGCAGCUUGCGAAGGCCCGGCUGUCAAGCAACGCGUCCUGGCACCUGUGGCCUUGACGGCCUCACCCGACGGCUCCAUCUACGUCGGUGAUUUCAAUCUCAUUCGGCGGAUCGGGACCGACGGAAACGUCAAAACGCUGUUGCGGCUCAACGCCACCAGAGUUUCCUACCGCUACCACAUGGCGUUGAGUCCCGUCGACAAUGUCCUGUACUUGUCCGAUCCCGAGGCUCACCAAAUCAUCCGCGUUCGCAACAUGAACGACUACAACGAUCCUGAACGCAAUUGGGAGCCAAUUAUCGGAUCCGGCGAGCGUUGCUUACCCGGCGAUGAAUUCAACUGCGGCGACGGCGGUUUGGCCCGUGAAGCCAAAUUGGCCUACCCGAAAGGCGUGGCCGUUGCGGCCGAUGGAACUGUCUACUUCGCCGAUGGAACCAACAUCCGAGCUGUCGACAAGGACGGACUCAUCAGCACCAUUGUCGGCAACCACCAACACCGGACACACUGGAACCCGAUGCCGUGCGAGGGAACUCUUCCGCUCGGAGAGGUCCGACUCCGCUGGCCAACCGAAAUCGCCAUCGAUCCUCUCGACGGUGCCCUUCACAUCAUCGACGACCAUAUGAUUGUCCGUUUGACGAGCGAUGGCCGGAUGAAGAUCGUCGCCGGUAAACCCCUUCACUGCCCGGCCAGUCCGACGUCGGAUUCCGUUGAUCUUGCCACUCAGGCUGGUCUGGUGAUGCCGCAAAGUUUGACAUUCGGACCCAACGGCGACCUCUACGUGGCGGAAAGCGACUCGCAACGAAUCAAUCGCGUCCGCAGGAUCGGAACCGACGGGCGGAUUAUUACCGUCGCCGGAGCCGAAUCCAAAUGCAAUUGCCUGGACUCUGGUUGCAACUGCUACGACGAGGAGCGUCACUUGGCGACGGCCUCGCGUUUCAACACCAUUUCGGCCAUCGCCGUUUCGCCGGACGGCGUCCUGCACAUUUGCGAUCAAGCCAACUACCGCUUGAGGGCCGUCACGUCCAGCCUGCCGACUGAAACGGGAACUUCCAGCACGACCACCUUUGAUAUUUACUCGCCGGAGACGCAAGAGAUUUACGUUUUCAAUCGAUUCGGCCAGCACGUUGCCACCAAGAGCAUGGUGACGGGACGGAAUAUCUACCUGUUCGGCUACAACGUCAACACCAGCAACGGAAAGGUCAGCACUGUCACCGACUCUGCCGGAAACAAGAUCUUUUUGCUGCGAGACUAUUCCAAUCAAGUGACGUCCAUUGAGAACACGCGCGGACACAAGUGCCGUCUGCGGAUGUCACGAACUCGACUCCUGCAGGAAUUUUCGACGCCCGAAGGACGAAACGUCACGUUUGACUAUCACGGCUCAACUGGACUGCUCAAGUCACGGGCUGAUUCCGGCCGCGGUCAAAGCGUUUCCUACCAGUACGACGACAAUGGCCGUCUCAUCUCGGCCAUCUCUCCAACCGGCGAAGUUAUCAAAUUGACUUUUGAUCUGAGCCUGAAAGGCGCCUCCGUUCAAGUGGUCCACGGCAGCCGCAGUCCGGUCGUCUACUUCAUCAAGCCGGGCUGGUCCGUCAGCAAGAAAAUUGGACAGGCCGAAGAAGUCGUCUCCAUGCAACCGGACAGGAGUGUGGUGAUUCUGACUCCUUUCGGCCACCUGACGGCCACCGAGACCAGUCCGUACGGAGCCGUUUUGGGCGAAUCCGACUCUUCCCUGGCCGAAACUUUCCCCGUUCCGGCCAAGCAGAAAGUGGAGAUUGGCGGCGAACUAGUCAGCCGGCUCGAGUGGCGUUACUUUGUUCGCCGCCGCCGGGCGGAGAAGAAAGAUUUCGUCCAGCUGGGCAAGAGGAUGCGCGUCAACGGCGAAAAUCUGCUCACCGUCGAGUACGACAAGGAGAGUUUGAGCGAGGCCGUCUUCAUGGAAGACAGGGCCGUCGAGCUCCUCAACAUCACCUACGACGACAUGUCGAGACCCAUCAGCUGGACACCGGGUCGAUCUUCUUCCUUUGCCGGAGUCGAAGUGAGCUACGAUCGAUUCGGCCAGCUGGCCAUGUGGAGACAGGGCGAUCUCUCCGAGUCGUACAACUACGACAGAUCCGGCCGUUUGGCGGAAGUGGUUUUCGCGGACGGCAACAAACUGAUUUACUCAUUCCGCGAUGCUUUCGCCACUCUUCCGUCGCAAUUCACCACCGAGCGCGGCCACACUUUCCUCCUCCAUCACAACAACAUCGGCGCCCUGCAGUCGGUCACGACUCCUCGAGGCCACAUCCACUCGUUCGGCCUGCAAAUGGUUCCGGGCGGAACGAAAUUCCUGUACCACUCACCCGCCAGUCGCCAGCCCUUCCAGCUCCUGUUGGACGACCAGGGACGCGUCCAGUCCAAAUUGUACCCAGUCGGCGCCCGGAUCGUCUACCUCUACGACGACGAAUCUCGACUCUCGAAAAUCAUAUCCGGCGUGGCGGAGACGUCGCUGGACUACUACAGCGACACGGGUCUAUUGAAAACGGCCGAAGUGAAAGAGCGGCCUGGUUACGAAGUCCGCAACGAAUUUAAAUACCACGGCGGUCUGGUCAAGGAAGAGCGGACGAAAUUCGGCAGUAAAACGGGACUGGACAACGCCCGGACUCGAUGCAAGUACGACGGUAACGGCCGUCUGGCUUUGAUCGAAACGGAACUCAACGGCCGCGAACUCCCGCCGCACGCCUUCUCCUACAACCAGAAUCUGGGCUUGCUGGAGGGCGUCAACGACCUGCGCGUUUACCGCAACGCCUUCAACCGCACCGUCAUCCAGGACUCGACCAAGCACUACUUCCGCAUUUCCGACCGCGAUCAACACGGACGCACCGCCAUGGCCCUCAUCAACAUCAAGGGCUACGACGCAUUCAAAUUCGAGCUGGACUUUGACGUCAGAGGGCGAGUGCACCACCGCCGGAUCACCAUCGGUCAAAAGCUCAUGAGCUACAACGUGACGUACAACGCCGAGGGUGGAUUGCUCCAAGUCCAGCAUCAAUCGCAAGGAUUUUCUUCCGCCGGAUCCCUGGCCGGAGUCGGAGGGAGGAGCUACGCCUACACUUACGACGACAACGGCAACAUUUUGACAAUGUCCAACGGAGAACAAGCGAAAAUCAGUUUGGUCUACGACGCUGGCGAUCGCGUCAGUUCCUUCGGCGAAGGGCAAACGGUCGCCUACGAUUCCCGCGGCUUUGUCGUCCGUCGCGGCGCUCUGAAAUUGGCUUACAACGACCGCGGGCAAUUGUCGUACGCCAGCAGCGAGACCGGCAGCUCCAAGUUCCGCGUCUGGUACAAUUACGACUACCGCGGCCGUCUAUCGGUUUGGCGCGACGACAAAGGCAACGUGACCCAGUUCUUCUACACCAAUCCGCUCAAGCCUCAGCUGUUGACGCUCUUGCACUGGCCGAAGGAGAGCCGGACAUUGAGAAUGUACUACGACGUCAACGAUCAUUUGAUUGCCGUCGAAUCACCGGAGCAGCGCUGGUACGUUGCCAGCGAUGAAACGGGCACGCCUUUGGUCGUGUUCAACGUUCACGGCUCCGUGAUCAAGUUGACGGAGCGGACGCCGUUCGGAUCGACUGUACUCGACACGGAAUCCACCGUCUACAUCGGCGUGGAUUUCCGAGGCGGAAUUCUCAGCCCGCACACCGGAAUGAUUCAUUUUGGCGGCCGAGUUUACGAUCCUUCCAUCGCUCAGUGGCUCACGCCCGAGUGGGAGCAUCUCGUUUCGCGGUUGAAGAAUCCCCAGGACAUUUUCGUCUACCGUUUCCGUGGCAACGAUCCAAUCAGCAUCGACACAGAGCCCCGCUACAUGACAAGUCUGGAUGACUGGCUGCAACUAUUCGGCUAUUCGUGGAACAACAUUGUCGGUGCGGAAUACAGUUCGGCGGCCGUGUUCAGUCAAGUAUCUGAAACGGACACGAAGAAUGCCGUUGGACACUUUGGAGUCAUUUCCGGCUUACGCUGUCUGACUGAAAACGUGCAAAAAGGAUUUUCCGUUCUCAGUUUUGUACCGCCUCCCAAGCUGCGGUCGGGAGGCGAGCUUAGACGAAACCCCCUACCCAGUAUCGCUUACCGGAAGCCGGCCUUGGGUGAAGGUAUCCUCCUCUCGCGGGUGGGUGGUCGCGUUUCUGUCACUUUGUUGCCCGACUCGCAGGGCAGCAGCGGUGGCAUAUUGCAAGACGUGUUGGGUUCGGUUCUGGGCGACAGUUCCACCACCCACUGGUUAGACAUCCGCACGGGAAUGGGCCAACAGGAAAUCUUCUACUUUGUCAAGGAAAGUCUGGCGAAAUUGCGCGACGACCAGGAAGAUUUGAAGCGUUUGAGUGGCCAGUUCAACAUUACGCUCGUUGAAAAUCCGACGGAACAAGGAGGUGGGUCUGAAUUGCGAUUGGCCAAUGCGGAUCUAUCCGUCAGCAUUAGCUACGGUGUCGAAGUGGAAGCGGCCAGACAGCGAAUACUCCGGUCGUCUCAUCGGCGAGCGGUUGAAGUCGCUUGGUUGCGCGAGAAACAGUUGGUGGAAAGCGGAUUGCCCGGCCAGCAGGUGGACUGGAGCGUUGAAGAAAGGGUGGAGCUGAUGACCAACGGAAGAGUCGACGGCUUUGUCGGCUCGGAUUUGCACAGUAUCUACGACUAUCCGCAAUUGGCCGAUGAUGCCAGCAACAUCAUUUUCCGGAGAGACGACACCAAGCGAAAACGGCGCAAGAGCCAUCGCUUGUCGUCACGCCAACAAAGACGGGGGCAACACUGAAAAAAAAUAAAACAGGGUUUUAUAAUUAAUCCACCAAACCCAUGAUCGUACUUCGAAACUAAAAAAUAUUGUGCUUUGUAAAAAAAAAAUAACAAAAAAAAAUCUGAUUAUGAUUACGGUGCUCUGUCAUUCUAAUUUGUAAUCUUUGACGGAAUCAUUUGCGCUGUAUUUUUACGUCACCAGGAAAAGAAAAACAAAAACUACUCGAGCCGAAAAAUGAAGCGUAGUCAUCACCGUCUCAUGUGAUAAUCAAAUAUCGAGAUGGAAUCCGAGUAGAAACAUUCUUCGACAUAUUUGAUGGUUUAUUCAUCUUUUUUUAACUUUCCUUCCCUGUCCAUUUCUAUAUAUUACAAACACACCCACCAGUAAAAGAGAUAUAUUGAAAUCACUACUGACAUUGAAUCAUGUUUUCUUUUGUACUUUAAGAAUUGUGUUUAGAGUUGUCACGUUUUUUUCUGUUAUUCCUUCGUGUACAUAUUAUAUUCUGAAAUUUCUUGACCGAAGCGACGCGUCGACAUCACACCGCCAGAUUUAUUUGGGACUCUUCUCUAUUGGCAUCAUUUGUUGCAAUAUUUUAUUUCUGAAGAGUGUGCGGUUUGAUGACUCUACAUGCCAAAAUUCUCCUUUUUCAAAUGUGCGUGUGUUAUUUGAACAUGGUGGGCCUAACUUUUGUGUGCGUCAAGUGUCAUAAUAUUCACAUCUUUAUCGUAUAUAAUAAUCUCGGUAUGCAAAACAAAAAAUUAAUGAAUCUGAAUGAUUAUGUGCAUCUGAUAUAAAUACAUAUUGUUGUACUGUAA